AUGGUCAAAGAAACAACUCAACAAUCCACAUCUCCAACAGUAGAUUAUCUUCUAUUUUAUGUCAAUGGUAAAAAAAUAAUUGAACAUCAUAUUGAACCUGAUUGGACUCUUCUUUGGUAUCUUAGAAAUAAACUUAAUUUAACUGGAUCAAAAUUAGGUUGUGGUGAAGGUGGAUGUGGUGCAUGUACAGUACUUAUAUCACAAUGUCUUAAUCGACAUUCUGAUGAACUUGAACAUCGAACAGUUAAUGCUUGUCUUGCACCAAUUUGUUCUAUUGAUGGAUGUCAUAUAAUAACAAUUGAAGGAUUAGGUUCAGUUGCUAAAUCAAAUCUUCAUCCAACACAAUCACGUCUUGCUGAUUUGUUUGGAUCUCAAUGCGGUUUUUGUACACCUGGUAUUGUUAUGUCAUUAUAUGGAACUGUAACAUCAUCAAAUUAUUCUAAUUCAUCACCAUUAACUAUACAAGAUAUUGAAGAUGCAUUUGAUGGAAAUCUUUGUCGUUGUACUGGUUAUCGACCUAUUCUUGAUGCUGCAAAAACAUUUGCAAAAGAUAUUCAUAAAUUACCAUCAAAAGAUUCAUCAAUAUCAAAACCAAUAUCAACAACAUUAGAUAAAUGUCUUUCAUUUGUUAAAAAUAAUGAUAAAGAAAUAAAAAAAAUUGAAUUUCCUCAAGAAUUACGUCAACAUAUUCCUCAAUCAAUUUAUAUUAAAGGUUCAUUAGUUGAAUGGUAUCGUCCUAUAACACUUAAUGAAUUACUUCAUCUUCGUUCUACUUAUCCUGGUAGUGCAUCAAAACUUGUUUUUGGUAAUACAGAAGUACAAAUUGAAACAAAAUUUAAACGUUUAAAAUAUCCACGUUUUAUAUCUGUAACACAUAUUGAAGAAUUUCAACAACUUACACGUACUCAAACAUCAUUAAUACUUGGUGCUGGUGUUACAUUAACACGUUUACAAGCUAAACUUACAGAAUGGAAUGAUGAAAAAGUUGAUGGUGGAAUUUGUCAAUCUAUUAUUGAUCAAUUAAAAUAUUUUGCAUCAACACAAAUUCGAAAUGUUGCUUGCCUUGGUGGAAAUAUUGUUAAUGCUUCACCUAUUUCGGAUGUUAAUCCCGUACUUCAAGCUGCUGAUGCUGUUUUAGAAUUACAUCGUUCAGAAGCUAAUUCAAUUCGAUUUGUACCAUUACGAGAUUUUUUUCUAGCUUAUCGUCGUGUAGCAAUGACAGAUGAUGAAAUACUUGUUAGUAUUCAUAUUCCAUUACCAACAUCAACAACAAAUAAAACAUUUCUUCGUUCAUAUAAACAAGCACGUCGUCGUGAUGAUGAUAUUGGUAUUGUUAGUGCUGGUCUUCAUGUUCAACUUGAACCUAUGAAUACAACAGAUAAACAACAAUGGCGUAUAGUUUGUGCACGUUUUUCAUUUGGUGGCAUGGGACCAACAACUAUCUUAACAAAAAAUACUCAAGAAGAAUUAAUUGGACAAACAUGGUCAAGAACAACUAUUAGUAAAGCAUGUGAACUAGCAUUAAAAGAAAUGCCAUUAGAUGAACAUACUCCUGGUGGUCAACCAGAAUAUAGACGAACAUUGGUUCAAUCAUUUCUUUUUAAAUUUUAUGUUUAUGUUUGUUCUGAACUACAUCAAUCAUCUGUUGAUCAGAAAGAACUUUCAGCUGCUCACUUCUACCACCGAGCUGUAUCUCAUGGUCAACAAAUAGUUCCUGAACGACCAGUUUCACAAAAAUUCGUUGGUACAUCAUUACCUCAUCGUUCAGCUUAUUUACAAACAACAGGUGAAGCAAAAUAUACUGAUGAUAUGCCUUCAUUACCUAAUACACUUUAUGCUUCAUUUGUACUUGCAACACAACCCAAUGCUCGAAUUAAGAGUAUUGAUCUUGGUGCUGCUUCUAAAAUACCUGGUUUUGUUACAUUUGUUAAUCAUAAUGAUAUUAAAGGUAGUAAUAUGACAGGUGAUAUUGUACAUGAUGAAGAAGUAUUUGUUUCAUCAAUUACGCCAUGUGUGGGUUCUAUUAUUGGUAUAGUUUUAUGUGAAACUGAACGUGCAUCAUUUGCAGCUGCAAAUCUUGUACAAAUUGAAUAUGAACUAUUGGCACCAACAAUUUUUACAAUUGAUGAUGCUAUUGAACAUCAAUCUUAUUUAGAUGAUGAACGAUGUCUUCAACAAGGUGAUGUUGAAAAAGCAUUUUCUGAAGCUGAACAUAUUCUUGAAGGAACAAUAUUAAUUGGUGGUCAAGAACAUUUCUAUUUAGAAACAAAUUGCUGUAUGGCUAUACCAUCAAAUGAUGAUCAAGAACUUACAUUAUAUUCCUCAACACAAAAUCCAAGUAAAACUCAAGAAUUAACAGCAUUAGCACUUGGUUAUGAAAUUAGUCAUAUAGCAUGUCAUGUUAAACGUAUGGGUGGAGGAUUUGGUGGUAAAGAAUCAAGAUCAAUUACUCCAACAAUAGCUAUAGCAGCAGCUGCUGUAAAAGUUGGUCGUCCUGUUCGUAUGAAUAUUGAACGUGAUGUUGAUAUGUCUGUUACUGGACAACGUCAUCCAUUUAAAAUUAAAUAUAAAGUUGGCUUUACAAAUGAAGGUCAAUUUACAGCACUUGAUAUUAAUUUAUGGAGUAAUGCUGGAUAUUCAUUUGAUCUUUCAAUGCCAGUUUUAGAACGAGCAAUGCUUCAUAUUGAUAAUACAUAUCGAUUUUCAAAUGUUCGAGUACGUGGACGAUUAUGUAAAACACAUUUACCAUCAAACACAGCUUUUCGUGGUUUUGGUGGUCCACAAGGUCUUUUUGGUUGUGAAACAAUUGUUGAUCAUAUUGCUACAUAUCUUAAAUUGGAUCCACUUAUUAUUCGUCGUUUAAAUAUGUAUAAAGAAGGAGAUUUAACACAUUUUGGUCAACCAUUAGAACGAUGGAAUAUACCUCGAUUAAUGGAUGAACUUGUAAAAUCAAGUGAUUUUAUUCAACGACAAAAAAGUAUUGAAGAAUUUAAUAAAUUAAAUACAUAUAGAAAACGUGGUAUAACAAUUCUUCCAACAAAAUUUGGUAUUGCAUUUACAUCUAAAUUUCUUAAUCAAGCAGCUGCUUUAGUUCAUAUUUAUAAAGAUGGUUCAGUAUUAGUCAGUCAUGGAGGCACCGAAAUGGGUCAAGGUCUUCAUACAAAAAUGGUAUCUGUAGCUGCUGAAGUUUUAGGUUGUAAUGUUAAUCGUGUACGUAUAAGUGAAACAGCUACAGAUAAAGUAGCUAAUACAAGUCCAACAGCAGCAUCCGCUUCAUCAGAUUUAAAUGGUAUGGCUAUACGUAUAGCAUGUGAACAAAUACGUGAACGUUUAAAUAAACUUCUUGUUGAUGAUGAUGCAAAUCUUUCAUGGGAAAAUCUUAUAAAAAAAGCAUAUUUUUCACGUAUUGAUUUAUGUGCACAUGGUUAUUAUGCAACACCAGAUCCAUUAGGUGCAGAUUUUCCACAAAAUCGAGCAAAUUUUAAUUAUUUUACACAAGGUGCUGCAACAGCUGAAGUUGAAUUAGAUACAUUAACAGGUGAUUGGCAUAUUUUACGUGCUGAUAUUCUUAUGGAUGUUGGUACAUCACUUAAUCCUCAAAUAGAUAUUGGUCAAAUUGAAGGCGCUUUUGUUCAAGGUGUUGGUUUAUUUACAAUGGAAGAACUUAUUUGGGGUGAUCAUAAACAAUAUCAAUGGACAAAAUCAGGUGCUUUAUUUACUCGUGGACCAGGUACAUAUAAAAUUCCAUCAUUUAACGAUGUUCCAAUUGAUCUGCGUGUUGAACUUCUUUCUAAUGCACCAAAUCCUCGAGCUAUUUAUUCAUCAAAAGCUAUUGGUGAACCACCACUUUUUCUUGGUGCUGCAGUUCUUUUUGCACUUAAAAAUGCUUGUAAGGCUUAUCGAGAACAACAAGGUUAUUCAGAAUAUUUUCCAUUAAAUUCACCAGCUACUGUUGAACGACUUCGUAUGGCUUGUGCUGAUGAAUUUACUGAACGUGCAUGUCUUGAUAAACAUGAAAUAUUUCAAGCUCGAGGUUCUUAUUAA